CCGCCUUCCUUCUCUGUUGACUCCGUCUUCAACCACACUUGCACCUUUCUAGAAUCCACCAUUUAAAAAAUCUCCAACGAUUCCUUCAAAUUCACACCCCAAAAACCCUAAUUUCCUGCACUUUCUUGCAAUUCAAAAACCCUAAUUUACUUUUGUUUGGAAUUCUAGGGUUCUUGUCCAUGAUUUCAUAACCUCGAUCUCUGAUUAUCAUCAUCAAUUAUGGAUGAUCAGGAAGAGGAAUUGUCGUUGGCGAUCUAUAAGAAACCGAAUUUGAAUAUGUAUCGUCUCAUGAACGGCCCUUCAUUGCAACCAUCGGGUUGGUUCGAGAUUCGGCUGUUCUACGUUCGAAUUGCGCCGUGCGCAGUCGACAGUGUUCCGGACCACCUCACGCUCCGCCAUCUCCGUCGCGAAAUCGGAGUCUCUCUCGAGAUCAAUGGCGCUCGCAUGCCGGCUUCCGAGACGGCGUCGUUGACGCUCCGUCGGGAUCGGCUCGACAAGGGGUCGUCUGAGGUGACGUAUGUGAGUACAGACAGUGUUAGGGUUACAGGUGCGUUGGAAUUCGAGGUGUUUGAAGAGGAGGAGAUGAUACUGUGUGGGUCUUUGGAGAGACUGGAAGUUGGGUGGAGUAAUGGGAGUUCUGGAUUGGAGAAUGAUUCGAAGACGGGGUGGAGUAUGGAUUGUUAUACGGCAGCGUCGAUUGCGUGUGGGUCGUCGGCGUUUUUUCAGCCAAAACUUGGGAUUUCGUCGCCGUCGAUUGAGGUGUACAUUGCUGGGUGUUGUUCGGGUGUGCCUGUGACUCUGACAAAGACCAUUCUGAUCAGUCCAAGGCGGAGACCGAUGAGGAAUGGGAUGCUUGAUGCCAUUCCAGAAGAUGAAGAGAUUGGAAAGGAGCAGAGGAGUGGUAAUGGUUUGCUUCGACAGCGUAAAUUGCAGAUCACAGAGGCAGAAGAAGAUGACUAUGAAGCAGAUGGAAAACUUGGACACGGCUACUACUCAGAAGACAUGUAUGCUGGUGAGGAUGGACAACUUUCAUGGUUCAAUGCUGGUGUAAGAGUUGGGGUGGGGAUUGGCCUGGGGAUGUGCCUUGGUGUCGGAAUUGGUGUUGGAUUGCUCAUGCGUUCAUAUCAAGCAACCACCCGGAACUUCAGGAGGAGCACUACCUCCAGAUCACCUGCGACAAUGUCUCACCGUAGCAACGCUGCACCACCACCCCUCCCCUUAGUGGUCACUCUCAACUGCGUCGACGACCCUUCCCUCGAGCAAGACUGCCUCUCCGGCGUCGCCGCCGUCGAGCACGUCCCCCUCAGCCGCCUUGCCGACGCCAAGAUCGAGUCCGCCUCGGCCGUCCUCCUUCACUCCCUCGCCUUCCUCCCCCGCGCCGCCCAGCGCCGCCUCCGACCCUGGCAGCUCGUCCUCUGCCUCGGCUCCUCCGACCGCUCCGUCGACUCCGCCCUCGCUGCCGACCUCGGCCUCAACCACCUCGUCCACAUCGAUGUCUCUCGCGCCGAGGAGAUCGCCGACACCGUCAUGGCGCUCUUCCUUGGCCUCCUCCGCCGCACUCACCUCCUCUCCCGCCACACCCUCUCCGCCUCGGGCUGGCUCGGCUCCGUCCAGCCACUCUGCCGUGGCAUGCGCCGAUGCCGGGGUCUUGUGUUGGGGAUCGUCGGUAGAUCUGCAUCUGCGAGGUCUUUAGCCACUCGCAGUUUGGCUUUCAAGAUGAGUGUGCUCUAUUUUGAUGUUCACGAGGGGAAAGGAAAGUUAAGUAGAUCCUACACAACAUUUCCAUCUGCUGCACGGAGAAUGGAUACCCUCAAUGAUUUGCUUGCUGCAAGUGACCUUAUAUCUCUCCACUGUGCUCUGACAGAUGAAACAGUUCAGAUUAUCAAUGCAGAUUCUUUGCAGCACAUAAAGCCAGGAGCAUUUCUUGUAAAUACUGGUAGCAGCCAGCUGUUGGAUGAUUGUGCUGUAAAGCAACUUUUGAUUGACGGCACCCUUGCUGGUUGUGCUCUGGAUGGUGCUGAAGGGCCACAGUGGAUGGAAGCCUGGGUAAGGGAGAUGCCCAAUGUAUUGAUACUUCCCCACAGUGCAGAUUAUAGUGAAGAAGUGUGGAUGGAGAUAAGGGAGAAAGCUAUUUCUAUAUUGCAGACAUUCUUCUUGGAUGGUGUCAUUCCAAAGAAUGUUGUUUCCGAUGAAGAUGGCGAGGAAAGUGAAAUAGGCUAUGAAAAUGAACAAUGUGAAGAACUGGACAAUGAAAGUGCCUUGCAGGGUUCUGUUGUUCAGCCUUUAACAGAUGAUGUACAUGUAACUCCAGAAAGCUCCCAGAAAAAGGGUACCUUUCAAUCAAAGGAAUCUCCUAGCCAGCAUCAGGGUUCAGUUUUAUCUCAAAAUACUUCCACUCGAUCUGAAGGAAAGCGCAGCAGAUCAGGUAAGAAAGCUAAAAAGAGACAUGCCCGCCAAAAAUCGCUUCACAAGUCAGAUGAUCCUACUCCAUUAGUAAAAGAGAGUACCUCACAUCGAGAAGAUGAUACUGCAAUGAGUGGAACGGAUCAAGUGUUGAGUUCUAGUUCACGUUUUGCUUCUCCUGAAGAUUUAAGACGUAGGAAAACACCAGUUGAAUUAAUACAGGAAUCAUCUUCUGGGCAGCUUUUAGAAUCAAGUAUGAGGCAAAGUAAAAGGUUUGAUGAACUGCUGAAGGAUGGUUAUGUAAUAGCUUUGCAUGCAAGAGAUCAUCCUGCGCUUCAUGUCUCCCGGCAAAGAGUUCAAGGUGGUGGUUGGUUCCUAGACACUAUGUUAAAUGUAACAAAAAGAGAUCCAGCAGCACAGUUUCUUGUUGUUUUCAGAAACAAGGACACAAUUGGCUUGCGGUCUUUCACUGCUGGUGGAAAGUUAUUGCAGAUAAAUAGAAGAAUGGAAUUUGUAUUUGCUAGUCACAGCUUUGAUGUCUGGGAGAGCUGGACAGUUGAAGGUUCAUUGGAGGAAUGCAGGCUGGUCAAUUGUAGAAACCCCUUAGCUGUAUUGGAUGUACGCAUUGAAAUUCUUGCAGCAGUAGGAGAAGAUGAUGGGGUUACUCGCUGGCUUGAUUAGGUUGUCAAUAUUGGAAGUGCUAAGCUUCACAUUAAUGUUUGUAAAACUUAAAAAGAGCUUGUAACUUGUAAAACUUUCCAUUUUUACCGGCAAUCAGCAUUGUACGAGGUUGUUGCUGUGUGUUAAUCCGCCUCCUGAUAAAGUUCUUGUAUUUUGUUAUUUGUGAUCGGUUUCUAGUGUUUGUAAAACAUUUGACAGUUCCUCGUUUUAUUUUUACUGUCGAGGUCUCUUUGGAGGUGGCAAA